UCUCUCUCUCUGUUCGGGCAUGCAGGCAAGCAAGCACAUCGACACCGCACGCGUCGAAGUAGCUUCUCCUCCUUCCCUCUGCAUGCAUGUGAGCGACGACGACGACGACCGAGCAUGGAGCCCGACAAACCCGCCUUCGGGCUCGGAUCCGUCGCCGCCCGCGUGGCCCGGCCCGCGUGGACGCCUCUCCUCCUCCUCCCCCUCUCCUUCCUCGCCGUCCUCACCAUCCAGAUCGCCACCAGGCCGGUCGCCCCGCCGGUACUCCCGACCCCCGGCCCGCCCCGAGGGGUGUCCGGGCCCGGGAGCUGCGCCGGGUUCUUCCGCGGGUCCCCGCCCGGGAGGAAGGUGGUGAUGUCGAUGCGGGACUUCGGAGGGGUCGGCGACGGCGUGAGGCCGGAGACCGAGACGUUCCGGAGGGCGGUGCGACACUUGCGGCGGUUCGGAGAUGGAGGCGGGUCCCAGUUGAACGUGCCCAGGGGGACGUGGCUCACCGGGAGCUUCAAUCUCACCAGCAAUUUCACCCUCUUUCUCGAGGAGGGUGCUCUGAUUCUGGGCUCUCAGGACCCAAACGAUUGGCCCAUCAUAGAGCCUUUACCAUCUUAUGGAAGAGGAAGAGAGAGAUUAGGAGGGAGGCACAUAAGCCUUAUCCAUGGGAAUGGCCUCACUGAUGUUGUCAUCACAGGAAACAAUGGGACAAUAGAUGGUCAGGGGAAGAUGUGGUGGGAACUAUGGUGGAACAGGACAUUGGAGCACACACGAGGCCAUUUGGUUGAACUAGUGAACUCACACAACGUUCUCAUCUCCAAUCUUACCUUCAGAAAUUCACCCUUUUGGACGAUUCAUCCUGUUUACUGCAGUAACGUAGUUAUAAAAGACAUGACAAUCUUGGCUCCCCUCAAUGCCCCAAAUACAGAUGGUAUUGAUCCAGACUCGUGCAGCAAAGUGUGCAUCGAAGACUGUUACAUUGAGAGCGGGGAUGAUCUUGUGGCGGUAAAGAGUGGAUGGGAUCAAUAUGGAAUUACAACAGCGCAUCCUAGUUCAGAUAUUAUUGUUAGGAGAGUAUCUGGAACCACUCCCACUUGCUCUGGUGUGGGGAUUGGGAGUGAGAUGUCGGGAGGGAUUUCGAACGUAACUAUAGAAGAUCUGCGUGUCUGGGACUCUGCCGCUGGAGUCCGUAUUAAGACAGAUAUCGGUCGCGGAGGUUAUAUAGCUAAUAUCAGUAUAAGUAACGUGAUGAUGGAACGGGUCAAAAUUCCCAUAAGAUUUAGCAGAGGUUCUAAUGAUCACCCAGAUGAGGGAUGGGACCCAAAAGCCGUUCCUAGAGUGAAGGGUGUAUUCAUAAGCAAUGUGGUGAGCGUGAAUUCUACGAAAGGCCCGGUCUUAGAUGGUAUGAAGGUUUCUCCGUUCGAAGAGAUAUGCAUGAAAAAUAUCAGCUUAUUUGGAUUACCUCCGUCUGCAAAGUGGCACUGUGAGUUUCUUUCGGGUUUCGCCGAUGAAGUCUCUCCAGUGCCAUGUCCAGAGUUGCAGCACAAUAGUUCGACGUUCUCCUGUCCAUAAACACUGGAGGAUUUGUGUUUGUACAGCGAUAUGAACAGGACGUUGUCGACAAUAUUGCAGCGGGUCAGCGACUAAAGACAUUUCCGGAUGAAAGGACUCGAAAUAUGGGAGUCUUCUGAUUCUGCUUACGUGACAGAAAGGCCGAGAUGUCGAGAUUUCUGUUACCUGAAUUCGAGGAGGCAUUCUGGGCUCAUCAAGAGCCCUCGGUUUAGGAGAGAACAACAGACUCUCCUUACUUACAUUGGCGUGAGGAAGAGAUGCUUUUGACAUGAUCGACCGUUAUAGGACUUACACAGAAAAGCAACAUUCAUUGAUUCAAAUGGUUUUUCUGCAUUCUUUGAUAUUGUAGAUAUACACAGCAAGAGGAGAGAUCAGGUUGUACAGAAGAGGAUGGAGACUGUAACAUGGCAUGUGAAGAUCCAAGUCUUACAGAUUGAUGUGAAAGUUGAUAGUGGUUAUUCAGGAGUAACAUUGAGCUGCUGCAUUUUUUACUUGAUUUGUGUGUCAUGGAGUUUCAUACCAAUGCAAUGAAUUUAAUUCUGCUUGCUGCAUGAUUCCAUUUUCACUUUCCUAAAGAAGUCUCAGUUGUCUUAGUGUUAUAACUAAGGACUUAAUGUGGGAUUUGAAUCCCAUUGCCAAUCCUGUUUGAGUGUCAAACUUGCUUAUAUAGGGAAUUAUACAAGUCUGUCUAUAGUCAAUUUAAAUUGCAAAGAUGUUAAUUUUUCUUCAA